AUGAGCCAUUCGUUUCACGAGGUGACGAUGACGUACCCGAUGAGGGGGAUCCGGAAAAGCAACUUAAAACUCAUUCACAACUUGAUCCCCAGGAUUCCCUUCCCGAUCGACCAGGAUUUCUAUGUCUCUCCCACGUUCCAGGAUAUGCUGAAUCGAACCGGAGAUGGAAAACCGUUGAACUGGAGGAAAAGCCUCCAGAAAUACUAUUAUCGAGAGGAAUGGGAAGUAUUUGCCAUCAAGAACCAUUCCGAGAUUGAAAUCCCUCCUCCCUGGAGAGACGCGGUGCGGAAAGACCUGGAAAGGGAUCUCCUGGCCUGGCAGAGAGACACAGGCGAUCCUUGGCUGUGUUUUCCUAACGGUGUUCUCAUCGGACAGAAGUGUUUGCCCUUACUCAAUGACCUUCGCGAUCCGUAGCUUGAACAACAUGGUUCGAUCGUGCCCUUUGUGCUUCUUGCGUUUUUUUACCCAUCCUCUUUUUCUUAUCCA